AUGAGAGAAGAUAGACGAUUUGCAAGAGCUAAAAGAUCCUUUGUAUUUCUAGUACCGAUUAAAGAGGAACACGAGGAUGUAAAUAACGAAAUAACAGAGAAAAGCCGCCAAAGUAGAACAAUAAAACGUAGUAAAUCGGCACUUCAUACUACAACGAAUAUACCAUUAACUAAAAAAUACAAGGAUAAAACUGUAAAAGCCGAAAAAAGCAGAGAACCGUACGUAGGUUUUAAUUUGUUGAAAGAAAUUCGUAAAAAGCGGCAAAAAGACACAACCGACAAAAACAACGACGUCGAACUCGCGUCAGAAAAAAAUAUUUCCAACGAACCUUAUGAGGCUUAUCCGUCUGAUAAAAAAUUACGUGAAAAUUCAAAAAGAUUAGUGUGUUAUUGUCGUAAAGAAGACUGUCAGGAUUGUCAAUCGAAAGCAAAAUUGCUUACUCCUCAUUCGAAGGAUCCUCCAAUAAUCAAAACUAAACCGAAAAAUGAUAAACAUCGAAAAAUUAUUCCAAACGAUUACAGAAUAUCAGGAAUACCAUUACGUUUAUCAAAACUUUAUGAAGAAAUUCCUUACGAUUUAAAAUCGAAUUAUGCGAAUUCCGAACAGAUGCAAAUUUUACCGAUAAUUCAUGGAAUAUCACCUAAAGUUUAUCCCUUAACCGUGCCUUUCAGAGUCACUUACAAACAAGUUGAACCUCACAUCGGCAUGAAUGCUCCGGUUUCUCAACAAUAUCAACAAAACUCAAGUAAGAAACAACAAACACCGCUUAAGCAAUAUAUUCUUGCGACAAAGAAUCAAUCUGAAAUUCUUCAAAAAUCGAAUAUGUUGAUUCCUAAAGACAAUAAGAGAAACAAUGAUUUCUCGACGGCCAUGAAUUAUCCUGAGCACGAAGAGCGUGACCUAAAUUCGGAGAAAGAAAUCGAUGAAGAUUCGUUCGAUGCAAAUAUGCUAGAAUGUAUAAAACUGUACGGUCGUAAAGUAUGCCUCCUUGCUGCUACAACAGCUUGCAAAUCUUUGAAUAAAAAUAAAAAUCAGAAAGAUGAGAACGUUGAAUCGAUUCAUUAUUAUUACGAUACUACCGAACAAUCGAAUAAUGAAGAUCAUUACGAUUCCACGAAGCCCGAUAUGACAAUAGAUUCUAAGGAAAAUAAUUUUGAUGAUAAUCUAAUAUCUACAAAACGAUCGAUUGGAAAUUAUAACGAAGAUUAUCACGAUUCAACUACCUCGAAUAUUAUCUUAGAACCUUCAGAAUAUAUCAUAACUAAUACCGAUAACUAUCAAACUUCGAACGACGAUUCAUUUGCAAAACAAUCAACAACGUAUUAUACUUCCGACGAAGAUUAUAAUGAUUCAAAAAUUCCAGAAUAUGCGACUGCGAAUCCCACAGAAAUGUCUAUUCUUCAAGCAACACAAAAUUCACAAGAACAAGAUCAAUUAUCUAAGACUGUUUUAACCGAUUCUAGCGUAAUUAAUGAUAUCGAAUAUACAACAUCAAGUUCAAUAACGAAUAAUAUUAACGUCGAUGAUUCUAAGGCUACUAACAAAGACAAUAACUUGACUGAUACAAUAAUAGAUGAAAGUAAGAUUCAUUACACAACACAUCUUCAAUUAGAUUAUUCAGAUAUACAAGAAAUAACAAAUAGUUAUUUUACUUCGCAAAGUUUCGAUAACUUUGAUGAAAAUAUCAAUAGCGAUCCAUUUACUUACGAUUAUAAUUUAUAUAAUAAUAAUCUGACAAAUUUAAAGGACUAUUCACCGAACGUGCAAGCUACAAACAUUCCAGAUAUAACGAACGAUCAAACUAACUCAGAAAAUGUUUGGUCGACUGAAACUAAUUUUAUCGAAAAUCAAAUUUCAACCGAUUCGACUAUAGAGAAUAAUCUAGACAACGAUGAAACGACUACAGAAGAUAACAACGAUUCGUUAAUAAAAGAACAGAACGAAGAUCGAGAAGAUGAAAAGAAUGAUCCAGAAAAGGAAUCAGCUUUAAAAUACGAUACACAAGAUUCUUCUUCGUCUAUAAAAAAAACAGAACAAACUACUAUCGAUUCAUUUUUAGGAUAUACCACUUCAUCUUUAGAUUAUGAUACGAAUAUUGUAGAUGUUUUUCCGACAGAUAUUUCAAAUCAGUAUACUUUGUCAAUCGAUAUCACUUCACCGAUAAAAUCUAUAGAAAAUGAAGCAAAAACAAUGAUCGAUGAUUAUACAAUUCCUGUUACACUUUCGACGACAAACGAAAUAAAACUUCAAACUCAUCAAGACUUAACUACCACCGAAGAACCAACAACAAUGGAAAUUGCAACUGAAAAAGAAACCCAUGACAAAAUUAAUGAUUCUAUCGUUGGAUUGUCUAACGAAGAAAGAUUCGUUAAAUUGUCUGAAGACUUCGAGACAACCUCAAAUCCAAUCACGAUCAUCGGAGAUUAUACGAACACUGAUAACGAAAAUAGUAUUCUCGAAAACACUUCAAAAUAUGAUAUUGAAUCGACAAUGCCAAAUUUGUCGUUCUGCAACAGCACACAGCUCAAAAUUUCAGAUAAUGUAGAACUGUCUCCAGAAAUCGUUGGAAUUCCAAAUUUGCGAUCUCUCUUAUCGCUGACACCAGUCGAAAAUGUGAUCAUAAAAAGGGUGAAAGAUCAUUUAUCGAAAAUAACCGGAAUACCUAAAACCGCAUUGUUUGGUGAAGAAUCAAACAACGUGAUUAAAAAUACACUUAGAAAGACAUUGAAUCUUUUACCGAACGUACAAUCAGAACUUCCACCAAUGACAGUAGAAGAACAUCAAUUUCGAGCUGGACAUUGGACCACGAAUUUAGUGACUCUUCUUCCACUUACAUCGUCCGAACGAACAAAAGAUCAAAGUAUUUCUCGAAGAUUACAGAAUCAUUUAAAAGAUCUCAUUUAUAAUCCUGCGGUCGGUUUAGAGUCAGCUAAACACAACGCUGUGCAAAAUAUCAUCAUCCAAGCUGCGAAACACCAAAUAGAAAAUGCGAACGAUAUGGAAAUAAAAGAAGACACGAUUCGAGAUUUGUUAGGUAAUGUUUUACAAAAUAACUCGUAUGAUCCAGAUCAACGUGAUGCAAAAAAUAAUUCUGAAAAAACAUGGAUGGUAGAAGCUACACAUAAUUACGAUGAAACGACGACAGAAAACAUUAUCUCUAUGAAAGAUAAUCAAUUCGAAACUUCAAAAGGUGCGACCGAUAAUUCAUUUACCGAGUCAUAUUCUAACGAUUUCAUAACAGAUAAAGAAUUUCCAAAAACGGACAUAAAUAAAAUACAACCAAGUGAUUAUUCCAAUGAUGUCCGAGAUAACUACGUUUCUAGCACUGAAUUUUAUCGAGAAAAUCUUCAAAAUGAUCAAAGCAAAGAAACCACUCAUAUUUACGAAACAAUGUUGACAAGAAAUGUUGCUAACAUAAAUGAAGAAACUCUCGAAAUAUCUCAGCCUGAAAAACAAUCAAAUCAAAGUAACAGCAAUAAAGGGAAGACUAAUGAAUCGGAAGUACUUAGGUUACCACAAAAUUCCUUUGUCGGAGUUGGUAAUCCUAGAAUUGGAGAGAUCGCUUCGGCGAAUGAAGAAUUCUUGCAAGAUACAGAGAAAGGUCGUCUUUGUAAGAUAGAGAGUUGUACCAGUACACACGAAAUUGUUACUAAGUUUAACAAAAGGGUUAAAACAACGAGGAAGUAUUACGGGUCAAAGGGAAUGGAUACUUCUUUCGAAAGAGAUCCAAUAAUUUCGAAAGCUCACGAAGAAGAUAACAUUACGAGUAACUUAGAAAAGAACGAAAAUAAGAAGGAAAAUGUAAACGAAAGCAACGAUGACGACUCAACGACUUAUAAAAGUUUAAAUCAUCGAGAUUUCGAUUCCGAAGAAGAUUUCAUUUACAAGGAAAAAGCUUUUAAAAUGAAGACGGAUGAUAUCGAUAAUGAUAAAAAUGAUCUACGAGAUUUACAAAACUCAGAGUUAUAUUACGUAGGAGACAACGUGAAAUUUCCAUUGGAAAUCAAAAAAAUGAAAGAUGGCUCGUACAUUUUGUUGAUCUCGAAAAAGAUAUGUGAAAACGUUUUAAAAAAAAAUUGUCCCUGUUGCGUACCACUCGAUGGAAACGUACGUUUGAUAAAAAGAAAUACGAAAGAAAUUAGCAAUGACAAUAAUAAUGCUUUCGAUAGGAAAAAUAAUCAAUACUCCGAACAAAGAUCGAAAAUAAUAAAAUCGAACCCAUCGAAACAACGAAUAACGAGAUCGAUGAUAGUAAAUAAAAAAUUAAACGAUUCGGACGAAAAUAAUUACGAAAUUUUAACGAUGCCUGUAAUGGCUUUCGCUAAGAAAUAUAAUUUAAGAUUAAAUCUUGAUGAUAUAGAGGAAGAUGACGUAAAAGAAACAAAAGAUAUUUUCGUUGAUGAAAAUGAUGAACGUGAAGAAAACAAUCCUGUUUUUCAAAGAAUGAAAUUCGUGAAGAAAAUGCAAAACAAUCAUGAGCCUUAUAGACAACAACGUGCAAUUAAACAAAAAUCAAACAGUAGUACAGAAAUAUUAAAAAAUUUAGUAAAUUGGUUAAGAACGUUAUUUGUCAAUUGA